GUCAAACACAAGACCAGGUCUGUGACACCAAUCCUAUUCAGCCUGCAAAAUAUUUACCUUUUUUAUAGUGUAAUAUAAUAUUAAUAUAUCACACAAGCAACAAACAACAAAAUCCAACCAGUCCAAAUUGCAGUUUAGCCAAUAUAAACACCUAACGUUUGCUCAGCAGCUCAGAAAUAGAGCCCAAGUAUUGAUGAACUUGCAGGAGGGAUGCCAGGGGGACAUAGAUUUUGAAUACUUCAAGUAUGCAUGUAAUAUUUCAAGGUCUACUACAAGUGCCUGUAUUUUACUGUUUCUAGUUUUUGCAUAUUUAGAAUAAACAGUGAUCAGUUUGGUUCAUAUCACAAUGUUAAUUAAAAAUGAAACAAAACAUCGUCGUUCUCUGGCCCAUGGAUUUCAUGAGAUUUUUAAUAUGGCCUUUUUAGUGGAUGAGUUUGACACACCCGGUAUAGAGGAAGGAACCUGAUAGAGUAUUGUCGUUGACAUACAAGUCUCGAGAUUACCCUCUAUCAGAGUUACGCAGUAGUAUGUAGAGAAGUCAUGUUGAAGCUUGGAUCUAAUGAUUCUGCUCAGAAUGGAGAGUUUAGCGCCUUUUCAUUUGUAAUAAGUGUCAUUUGAAAUAAGUUUGGCUCAGUCUUCCUCCAGUCUUUUGGUUCUGUUUUAGAGCGCAGCAGUUCAGCUUCUUUUCCCUUCUCAGAUUGAGAAGGAAGAAUCUUUUAAAGCUUGUUUUCUCCACGUGGCUGUUGAGGCUUGUAUUAAUGGAGCUGGAGCUUUUUAUGCGACUAAUUGAGUAAUAGGACUUCUGAGACUUGAAUCUUUCAUCCUGGGCUUUGACUUUAAUUUUUGCUCUUCUGCUGUUUGAAGCAUAUUACACUGCUGUACAUUUAGAGUGAAAUGCUACUUUGAAAAGCCAAUUUAGAAACAUCCACACUCCAAAAAGUGAUGUGUUAAAUAACGACACACUGUGCCCACUUUCUGUCUCAUAUUGUUUUCUGGUUUAGCACAUUCUGUGUUCAAAGUAACAUAAAUUGUGUUAUCUCUAACUGGGCCUGGAAAUCUUUCAUCAUGUUUUGUGUUAACUGAUGUGUCCAAGUGGAGACAGAAUGGGUUUUUAUUUAUUUAUUUAUUUUUACACGUGUGUUGCAGAUGAGCUAGUGACAUAUUUUAGAGCAUAAAGCCAAAUUAUGAAGCUUAGCGACGGUGUAAAUUCGAGUUUUGGUCAAAGCUAUUUUUUGUAUUGAAGUGAGUUGGUGCUGUUUGGGACGCCACUAGUUUUCCAUUAUUGUUUGCCACAUUAACAUUUGUAGGGGAGGCAUUCCAUUAACAUGAGCCUACUUGUCUCUAAAGACUGUGUUCAGGUAACCUGCAGGUUUGGUGGGCAAGGUGUGGCUGAACAUCAGCAGUGUGAUUCACACAUGUGGAUGGCAGUCUCACCUCCACCCACAACCAGAAUGCAUGGGAGGUGAUGAGCAAUAGUAGUUGUGAACACAAUUGAGUGUGAGUGUAUGUGUGUUUUGUAGGGAAGAGUAUGCAGGAGGGUGGAGUUAACCUGCUAACUCACCGAGAGAUUACAGAGAGAAAGAGAGAGCGGGAGGGAGGAGGGUUGACAGACAGGUGGAGAACUGAACCUGCUGACAGAGCUGACCUGACUGUGAGAAGAGAGAGGUGCACAUUCAGACACUCUCCUCUGAAGGUUGAAGUCAGCAUGGAUUUCUCUGGUCAGGAUACGUGCGAGAAGUGGCCUGGAAGCCAUUCCGAUGCACCAGAGCUGCGUCUGGUCCUGGUGGGCAACAUUGGCUGUGGUAAAACCCUAACAGCGGACAAUCUCCUGGGCCAGACCUCCUCAUCUGUGGUCCUGAGCCCCUCCAAACUGUGUGAGGUGCGGCAGGGUGUGUCCGAGGGCCGCCGGCUGACGGUGGUGGAGACACCCCGCUGGUACUGGAGCGGUCAGGACCUUGAGUCCACCAUCCAGAGAGAGACAGAGAGGGCGCUUAACCUGACUGCUCCUGGUCCGCACGCUUUCCUCAUCCUAGUGCCUGUGGGAGAGUUCACAGAGAUGGAGCAGCGGGUUCCUACCCAGCUAGAGCGCACGUUCGGGACAGGAGCACUUAGGCACACCAUGGUGCUCCUGACCUGCGGAGAUUACCUGCUGGGCCGGGACGUGGAACAGUACAUAAUGAAAGAGGAACCGCACCUGAAGGCCAUGGUGGACAGCUGCGGAGGUCACUGGCACGUCAUUAAUAACCGCCGGCCACGGGACAGACAACAGGUCAUCUCUUUGCUGGAGAAGGUGGAGCAGCUGGUACAAAGUAACAGGGGCUGCUACCUGCAGAGCGCCCUCCAGAGGGAGGUGGAGGCACGCGUCAGGGAGAAGGAGCGUGAGCUCCAGAGGAGAUACAGCCUCAGAGAGGAGGAGAGAUUAGAGAUGACCCCCCAUGCACUGGCACAGCCACCACAGAAAGGGGGGAUUGGGGUAUUUAGAAGCCAAAGCAGAGAAGAGGUUAAGGAGAAAGUGACUUCGCAGCAGCUGCCUAAUGGGCUUUAUUCACAGCCGUCACCGGGGCAGCAGGAGACAGCCACUGGACCCAUGCAGAAGAGCUCCAGUUUCAAGCUGAAUAAAGAGGGAGCCAUUCUCAGUCAGAUGUCUGAGAAGACAGAGGCCAGCAUCAGUCGGAGCAACCAGAGCUUCAGAAACACCAUCCGUCAUCGCAUUGCAUCCUCGGGUGACCCCAGCUCCCCUGCAGUCACAGUCUCAUCAUCAUCCUCAGCUGUUGUAACUUCUUCCUCUUCCUCAUUGGGCAGUAACUCCUCAGCUUCAGACCUGAGGUUGGUUCUGCUGGGCCAGACUGGUUCUGGGAAGAGCACUGCUGGGAAUGCCAUCUUGGGCAGAGAGGAGUUUAAAGUGCGUAGGAAAUUGACUGGUGCAACAACACAGCAGCUUGCACGAGGAACAGCUGUAGUUGGACACAAACAGGUGGCAGUGGUGGACACUCCGGACUGGUUCUGGUCCGGCUGUUCUCCAGGAGAGCUGAAGGCCCAUCAGUCAUCCUGCACAGCACUAUGCAGCCCAGGCCCACAUGCCUUCCUGCUAUGUGUGCCUGUUACUCAUCCUGGUCACUCCAUCCUGCAUGGCCUGGCUGCUAUAGAGGACGCCUUUGGCUCUGAGGCCCUCCUAAAACGGACCCUGGUCCUUUUCACUUACUCAGACCUUCUAGGAGGAGGAGGAGUGGAGGAAUAUAUUGCAAAGAAGCGGCCCGAGAUGCUGGAGCUGGUGGAAAAGUGUGGCGAUCGCUACCAUGUACUACAGCACGGGAAGACAGGAGGAAGACAACAAGGGAAAGUGGAGGAGCUCCUGGAGAAGGUGGAGCAGUUGGUGAAGGAAACUGGAGGGGGUUGCUACAGCAUCCAGCAGCAGCCUGAACACACGAAGAAACAAGAGGACAUCGCCAGAGAGAGAACGACACCAUUAGGCAGAGAAAGAGGAGAAAAACAGCUGGAUGAGACAGACCGAGCCAUCUCAACCAUGCUUCACUCUCUGAAAGAGGAAGAUGAGGAUGAAGAAGAGGUGAAGAAAAGUGUGAAACCGGAGGAAACUGUGACCUCAUCUUCCUCUCGGCUUGGCUCCAUCCUUCGCUUUGUGGGAGGGAAGGUCGGAGCAGGUGCCAAGCGUGUACCGAAGCUGGUAGCUGGAGGAGCGCUGCUAGGGGGAGUAAUGGGACUGUUUUUUGGAGGACCUCUGGGGGGUGCUGUGGGUGCUACAGCAGGAUCUGUAGCUGCUGAGGUGGGAAGAAGAAAAUAUGGCAAAAGCAAAACAGACUGAAGCGCGGUGUUCCAAAUCUCAGUGUUCCCUACUCGCUCUUCCUAAGUUGGAAUAUCAGGACCAUUGUAUAAAACACUGUUACAAAGAACAGAACUGAACUCAAACUAAUUUCCUAGCAUGCUGGCAAAAUCCUAUACCAACAUAAUGUAACUUUGUGCUCAACAUUUGUUAAAAUGUGCAAAUUUAAAGUGUAAUUUUCCUUUUAAAACCUGUUUAUAUCCAGUGGUGAACCAUAAAUAUUAGAGCUAUCACUGUCAAAUGAGCCACCAAUGUUUAAAAAAGCACUAACAAUUUUCAUCAGUGCUGUUUUCUGCUAGCACACUAUGGGAUUUCUAGUGGCUAAUGCGAGUGCAUGUGAAUUUUUUUUUUGGCCAUUCAAGAUAAAACAUGGACAUUUGAAGCUUGUAAAAGUCUUUGUAGCUUUUAUUGAACCUUGUAACAGUAACCGUUUCUGCUAAUGCUAAUAGCAUGUUAGGACUAAGCUAAUGCUGGUGCAAAUAAAUAUUUUUUGGCUGUUUAGGAUUAAAUGAUUUUGUUGAAAA